AGAUUACAAUGCUGGCAGAAAUCCUAUUUGGAGAAUUAUAUAAGGUUUUCAAGAGUGAAUAUUGAAAGGAUGAGGUUACAGAAAAUUAUGAAAUUCUAAAUUUGACCUUUUUUCAACUGAAAAGAAAUUGAAACCAAAACCGUGGGAUUCCUGUUGUUUUAUAAUUGACAAACACUUAGCUGUAGGUUUGGAUGAUUGCUGGUUUAUACAAGUUACGCUGGAAUAAAGUGGUUGUUAGAAAAAACACUAACAACAUCAUACCAAGAUGAAGUUCUUCCUGCUAUUUUCCCUUAUUGGGUUCUGCUGGGCUCAAUAUGACCCACAUACUGAAUAUGGACGAAGUGCUAUUGUCCACCUGUUCGAGUGGCGCUGGGUUGAUAUUGCCAAGGAAUGUGAGCGAUACUUAGCUCCUAACGGAUUUGGAGGAGUGCAGGUCUCUCCACCCAAUGAAAAUCUAGUAGUUAACAGUCCUUCAAGACCUUGGUGGGAAAGGUACCAACCAAUUAGCUACAAAAUAUGCUCAAGGUCUGGAAAUGAAGAUGAAUUCAGGGACAUGGUGAAUAGGUGCAAUAAUGUUGGUGUCCGUAUCUAUGUGGAUGCUGUUAUUAACCACAUGUGUGGAGAAGGAGCUCAAGCAGGAACAAGCAGCACAUGUGGAAGUUAUUUCAACCCACAGAACAGGGACUUCCCUGCAGUUCCAUACUCUGGUUGGGAUUUUAAUGAUGGCAAAUGUAAAAGUGGAAGUGGAGGCAUUGAGAACUACAAUGAUGCUUAUCAGGUCAGAGACUGUCGUCUGACUGGCCUUCUGGAUCUUGCACUUGAGAAAGAUUAUGUUCGUACCACAUUGGCUAAUUAUAUGAACCGUCUCAUUGACAUGGGUGUAGCAGGUUUCAGACUUGAUGCUUCUAAGCACAUGUGGCCUGGAGACAUAAAGGCGGUUUUGGACAAACUGCAUGACUUAAAUACACAGUGGUUCUCCCAAGGAAGUAGACCUUUCAUUUAUCAAGAGGUCAUUGAUCUGGGUGGUGAAGCAGUGACAAGCAAUGAGUAUUUUGGAAAUGGUCGUGUGACAGAAUUCAAGUACGGAGCAAAACUGGGCACAGUCAUCCGCAAGUGGAAUGGAGAGAAGAUGGCCUACUUAAAGAACUGGGGAGAAGGUUGGGGUUUCAUGCCUUCUGACAGAGCCCUUGUCUUUGUGGACAACCAUGAUAAUCAGCGAGGGCACGGGGCUGGAGGAGCAUCCAUCCUGACAUUCUGGGAUGCCAGACUAUAUAAAAUGGCAGUUGGAUUUAUGUUGGCUCAUCCUUAUGGAUUCACACGAGUAAUGUCAAGUUACCAUUGGCCAAGAUACUUUCAGAAUGGACAGGAUAUCAAUGAUUGGGUUGGACCACCCAAUGACAAUGGAGUAACCAAAGAAGUGACCAUUAAUGCAGACACCACUUGUGGCAAUGGCUGGGUCUGUGAACAUCGAUGGCGUCAAAUAAGGAACAUGGUUGCCUUCAGAAACGUCGUCAAUGGUCAGCCUUUCUCAAACUGGUGGGAUAAUGGCAGCAACCAAGUGGCUUUUGGCAGAGGGAACAGAGGCUUCAUUGUCUUUAACAAUGACGACUGGGAAUUGUCAACAACUUUACAGACUGGUCUUCCUGCUGGCACAUACUGUGAUGUCAUUUCUGGAGACAAAAUUGACGGCAAUUGCACUGGAAUUAAAGUCUAUGUUGGCAAUGAUGGCAAUGCUCACUUUUCUAUUAGUAACUCUGCUGAAGACCCAUUUAUUGCAAUCCAUGCUGAAUCAAAAAUAUAAAGUUUAAAAUAAAUACAUAUUGAGAGCAUCAA